AUGCGCACAGCUCUCGUUACUGGUUCGGCGGGUUUCGUGGGUUCAUUUGUCAGUGAACGACUCUUGCGUGAGGGAUAUCGGGUCGUUGGGCUGGACUCCAUGAACGAUUACUACGAGGUGUCACUGAAAGAGCGACGGAAUUCCCGCCUGCUGGAUUUUGCCAAUUACCACGCCGUUCAUGCCUUACUCGAGACACCUGGCAUACUCAAGGAUCUAUUCGAAAGAGAGCGCUUCGACAUAGUCAUCCAUCUGGCCGCACAAGCCGGCGUGCGUCAUUCCAUUGAGAAUCCGCGUUCGUACUUGGACAGUAAUGUCGUAGGAACUUUCGAGCUGCUGGAGGCGGCCCGCGCAUAUCCUCCAAGGCACAUGCUACUCGCAUCUUCCUCUUCCGUCUAUGGUGCUAGGAUGGAUAUGGACAAUCCGUAUCGAGAGAUCGACAGGACUGAUCAUCAAGUCUCUUUCUACGCUGCUACUAAGAAGGCAAUGGAAAGCAUGGCGCACAGCUACGCCCAUCUAUACAACUUGCCAAUCACCGUCUUCCGCUUCUUCACCGUAUACGGUCCAUGGGGAAGGCCCGAUAUGGCAUUAUUCAAAUUCACCAAGGCCAUUCUCCAAGGCGAUCCAAUUGACGUCUACAACCAUGGCGACAUGAAGCGCGACUUCACCUAUAUCGAUGACCUCGUAGAAGCAGUUUGUCUUCUCGUUGACGCCAUACCAGAGAGAUCAGAUAUUUGGGAUACGGUAGCCAAAUCUUCGAACCAUCAGAGUCGCUCGUCUAGAGAUCCUCUCAAACAACAAACAGACAUCCCCGAAAGUUUGUCACCAGUGGCGCCGUGGCGGGUGGUCAAUAUAGGAAAUUCCGAGCCAGUACAACUUACCGACUUCAUUGAGGCCAUCGAGGAUGCUACGGGCUUUAAGGCGAAGCGGAAACUCUUGCCAAUGCAGGCUGGCGAUGUGCAGGCGACAUGGGCGGAUGCUGAGCUUCUGAGGAGUCUUACGGGAUAUAGGCCAAAGACUUCUGUGCAGGAUGGAGUCUUGCGCUUUGUGGAGUGGUAUCGAGGGUACUACUCUGUAUGA